GGCCAGUAGUGCUGCCGCUGGGGAUGGCGGGCAGGCGGCAGGUAGUAGCCUGGAUCAGCAAGGCGGAAUGGGAGCAGGUCCUGGAAUAUCUGUACAGCCGGGACUGCAAGCUCCAGCGGGACGCGCUGCACCAGAUCUCCGCAUGGAAGAGCAGGUAUGGGAACAGCAUGCCACUGGCUGUAGAGUGCACCGCUGAUCUGGUGCGCUGCAAAAUCCUGGAUGUUAGCGGCGGCAUGGGAGAACAAGAGCUGGAGUUACUUUAUGGAUUGGCACUGGUCAGGUUUGUAAAUAUAAUCACCGAACCCAAACAGAAAAACAUUGCAAUUCCUUUAAGGCGCCUGGCUAAUGAGCUGAAGAUUCCAGAAUGGGUGGUAAACCUACGUCACAGCGCAACUCACGGGAAGUUGCCCAAACUGAGUCUGUGCCGCAAAGGUUGGGAUUUUGUGAUGGAUUGGCUGAGACGUGAAUAUUGGUCCCGUCAGCUGGGUAACUCCUCAAAUCCUCAGUGGAUGUCUGAAGAGAACGAUGAUUCAGAAGAAGCUGAAGAAGUCCUUCCCACCUUGUCGCUAAAAGAACAGAAACGGCAAACUCUCACUGCAAAGCUCCGAGAGUCGUUACAGUCCUACACAAGUGAGCAGUUUAAGAUUUUUGAAGAACAACAAAAAGAUUCUGCUCGAAAACCGUGGACUGCCACAGCUAAUCUGGAGUGGAUUAUAGCACAAGUCAAAGAGCUGGUGCAUCAAAACAGCGUUCAGACUGCUGUAGAUAUUUUCCUUCAAGACGGUUUCCUUAUACCUACUGGAAAACAGCUGUCGACCCUGAAGAUAGAGCCAGAUGAGGUUGAGGACCUACGCCUCCCCCGCACCCUCCUACGGUUAUGGCAACCACUACUAAAAGUCUUACACUCCCAGACAUUCACUCAGGAACUACUGGAGAAAAUGUUUGCUGGCGUGGGAAAUUACAAGAAGGCACAGGUCCGGGAGCACUACCUAAUCUGCUGGAUUGCUGAAAUUUUAACAGCAAAUUACAGAGCAGAUAAAAAAUACAUGGUCGGGUCUCGUAACCAGACCCAUGUGAAAAGCAAAUGGAAGUUCUUUUCUCACAGUGUGUCUUUACAAUGGAAAAAGCUGAUGCAGAAGUGCCUUGAAUUUCCAUGCCAGAUGACCCCACAAGUUCUACAGCUGAUUUUUUCAAAUACAAAAAAUCACUUGCCAUUGGCCACUCAAGAAAAGUUGCUGUGUCUCUGCUCAAUCUACAUCCAGGAUGCAGGUGCUGAUGGUUCGAUAGACUAUAGUGAUCAGCCUAUCUACACAGUGGAGAGCUUACAGUGGAAAAUAAAGCAGGAUACUAAAACCAGAUCCUUCAAGCACUGGGGAAGAUCCCAGCCUGACGAAGAGGAGGAAGAGAUGAGUGAGCAAACGGAGGAUGAGGAGAUGAUCACAGAGCCGUACGAGGAAUACAUUCAGAUGAUAAACAGGAAGGCCGCGGCUGAGAGGAGAGCAGCGCUAGAGGGCUCUGCCUGGGGGGUCAGCUCAGAAUUUGUGAAGUGGGGCGAGUAUCCACUAGGAGUAGUCCCUGGGCAGACGGAAGACCCUGGCUGCCUCUUGAUUGACAGUUAUUCUAUGAUGUCUGUGCUAGAACAGCAGGACUCUGAGUCCCGGAGCAUUCCAAUGAGUUCUCCCGCUGUCACUACUGCGGCCAACAAGAUGUACUGGAGCCAGGGUGAACUGAAUCACAUUAAAGCCGGGCUGCGGCUCUUCUGAAGAUCUGUAUUCGCCUGCAAAGACUCAUUCCAACCGGUCGGUGACAUCACUUGUGAAAACCUUCAUAUUGAACUUGGCAAGAUUUGUUUUGUUGUUACACCAAGGCCUUUUUUUAUUUUUCUUUUUUUCUUUUUUUUUUUUGGUAAGGUUUCAUUUUUAUGCUUAAUUCCUCCCCACACCUUCAGAGUUAUUCUUCUGUUCUUAAAUAUACUUGGUUUUUACUACAGAGCGUGUGUGGUGCACACUUUCAUAGUGCCAAAUCUGUAUAUUGGCUGUGACAUUGAGUCGUUGCAGUGCCUCAUGGAGGUUGUAUUCCAUGAGGCGCAACAAAGAAACCAUUCCAAAAUACAUCUUCAUUAAGUGCUCAUGCACACAAACGUAUUUUUUUUUUUUUUUUUGUCCAUAUCCGAUGACUUAAAAAAGGGCUGUGGAGUCAAAGCUAGUUUUGGGUGUAAUUGGUAGAAAAGUCCUGACUCGGACUCCAGCUUAAAGAAAUAUUAUCUGUUGCUAAUAUUGUGUAAUUUAUUAACAUUCAUGGAAAUUUAGAAAAGUUUAUAAAUUAUAUUUAAUGUUCUAUGCAUCUAAAGGCGCAUUUACAUGCAUAGACUGAGCAGGCUAUGACCAGGAAGGGACCGUUCAUUCUCAGUAAUUGCCUACUUGUCAGUGGAAGUGAAGAGCUGUACUUACAUGCGAUGGCUACCGUACAGUAUUAGAAUGUAUUGGCUCUGAUGAGCCAAAGUUAUUACUUUGCGAAGUCCCAAUUUGAUUUCUAUAGUAGAAAACCAUUUCCCAAACUCUGGUUCGGUUCCAAGUUGUACCUUGGAAGGAACAUAACCAGAGCUCAGGAAAAAAAUUUAAAUUAUUUUUUUACAAUAGAAAUAAAUGUAUAAGUUAUUACGCCAAGUUUUUCGAAGUAAUAACUUCGGCUCAUCGGAGACAAAACAUUCGAUGUUUUAUCCGAAGUCUAUCCGCUCAUCCCUAGUUACAAUGCCUAAAACUGUUCUGUACAUGCUCAGUAAUGAUGACUAGAGGAGGAAGUUUACUGCUGGGCAUGGCUGCAGUAAUCUCAGAGGAAUGCCACCCCUCUGCACUAUGAUGGUGCCAGGCAGGUGUAAUGUUUUCACUGCCUGGCCCUGUCAGUCAAAGUAGAGAGGACAUAGCUGGCAGUUGCAGAUAGAGCAGAGCCUCUAGGUCAGGGCUGGCCAACCUGAGGCUCUCCAGCUGUUGCAAAACUACAACUUCCAGCAUGCCCAGACUACCAACAGCUUUCAGCCUACAGCAGGACAUAG